AUGCCUGGCGAAAGCCCAAAGGCGCCCAGAAUGCCUCGCUCCUUCAAACCUCGCGGCCGAAGUUGCCUUCCGUGUCGACAGCACAAGGUGCAGUGCAACCGGGCUGUGCCAUGCUCAGCCUGCACGCGCGCCGACCGCGAGGACGCUUGCCGCAAGAAUCCAUCCCCCGUCGCCAUGGGAAUCUCUCAAGCUGGGACCUUUCCAAGACCAGGCCCUGCUUUUCUGAGGGCGCGAAACCCCCGCAACCACGAUGCAUCGGUUUCCGUGGAUCAACAGAUGCAUGUUGAGGCUGUGUCCAAUGUAGUCCCUAUAAACAAGGCCACGGAUCAUCGUAUGUUGGGCGUGGGGUGGGAGGGCCAUGGACGUGAGACUGCUGCUUUCGAAACGUCGAUGAAUGGUCUCCCCACCGGACCUGAUCCGCUGGAUGAGACGGUGGUCGGGUUGCAGAAGCUCAACGAGAUCUCAAGCCUCUUCCGCCGGCAGCCCGGUGCCUUUCGUCCCCCAGAAGAAUCAAUGGCUCCAUUGUCAUUCAUGGGUGAUGUGGGUUCCAGCACGCAGGAAGCCGCCUACGAAGCAGGGAAAGGCGCUGCUGCAGAUGCAACAAAAAUUCAAUUGACCCGCCUCCUCCCACCGCAAACCCAGUGCGACUUGUUCGUGUCUUAUUUCCUCGAACACGCCGACUGGGUCCAUCGAGCGAUCCAUGUGCCUUCGUUCCGACUUCAGUACGUUCGGUUCUGGACGAUGCCAGUCCGCGAUAUCGACUUGAUCUGGCUCUCCCUGCUGUUGAUCAUCAUCUCGGUCUCCGCCCUGCGAAUGCCUCGUCAUACAUGCAGCUGUCUUGGGAUGGAAUCUUCGCAGGUCCGCAAACUCGCCCAUCGCUGGUUUCGCGCAUCCCGACAAGCACUUCAGGCUGGAGGAUUCGAGUCCAGUCCCUCAAUUGUGCAGAUCCAGACGUUUGUCAUCUCACAGCUGGAUUUGGGUCGAGCAGUGAGGAACGCUCAAGCGUUGGGAUUGGACAAGCCUAGCUCCAGUAGCAUCGUCCUUGAGAGAGAAAUGCGACACCGGCUGUGGUGGGAAGUUUGCCAUGCAGAUACGUUCCAGUCCAUGUGUCUAGGCCGGAUGCCUCUCAUCCAGGCCUACCUGUCAAAAGUUCCAUUUCCAGUUCAUUGCAACAACGUCGACAUCACGGAGACUGCGGUAAAAGCUCGUCCGCUCACAGAAGCAACCGACCUCAGCAUGAACAUUGUCAAAUACAAGAUGUUCAAGCUCUACAAUAAGCUCUACAAGGAAAACGGCGACCAUCUACAGUCGUACGAGUUUGUAGAGCAGAUCAACGCCGAAGUGGAGCAAAUUGAGAGGGAGCUGCCUUGGUUCUACGAUGCACAACAUGCCGAUAAAUUUCCCUUGUCUUCACCGCUAGAAUCAGUGCCCUGGGAGCACCAUACCAUGCACACGUGUCGUUGUCUACAGGUGCUACGGAUGUACCGUCCUUUCCUGCACCCGCAAGUCCCGCAAGCAUGGGACAAGUGUCUCAAGGCAGCUGAAAGGGCCCUUGAUGUCUACCGUGCAUUGAGACGCCGCAAUCUUGACCUGUUUCGAAAAUCGGCAAAGCUCAGUGGGCAAAACUAUCAGAUCUUCUCCGUCGCCACCUUUCUGUCUCUCUUUCUUCUGAUGGAGCGAUCAGAUCCUCAGGGAAAGAUUCGAAGAGACAUUGAUAUGGUGAUGUCUGACCUUGAAUAUCUCGACUACCCCUCUGAGGGUUCGGCGGCACAGUUCGACGGUAUCCGAGUGCUUCGAAACAUCCUCGAGCUGUAUGGCUCGACGGAUCUCGCGGGCCAAGUCAACCGGACAAGCAUAGUGCCUGGGAUCUAUGCCGUAUUUGGAGGUGAAGCAUCCUCGCAGUCCUACCUAGGUCGAAGUCGUGACCUUGAGACCACUUCCGACGACCAACAUGAGCUGGAAGCAGUGUCUGACACUCGAGGACAAGCUCCAAACUAUAGCAGGACCAUCUCAGCUCAAAUACAGGCCUCCGAAGAGCUGUCUAGACCGCAGAUCGAAAUACAACCUGUUGAAAGCGAUCAGGUCGGGCAACUGGACAAUGUAUCCCGGUUGUCACCGUUCCCGGGGAGUCUGGCUCUAGACGUCUCGUACGACUUUUGGCAGUGGGAUCAAUGGGAUUUGUUGUACGGACCAUUGUGCGAGGAAGAUUUUCAGAUGAAUAUCUGA